AAAGUUUCUGCUGGAGGGGAGAGUGAGGGGAAGGGGUGGUGGGUGGUGCUGGAGGUGGUAGAGAAGAGGUUGCAUUUUCGAUCAGGAGAGAUCGCUACAUGCGCACGUUUUAACCUUCAGGAAGAAGAGACGACAGAGGAAACCGAGAGAGAGAGAGAGAGAGAGAGAAAAAGGAGGGGGUUGAGUGCAGACAGGAGGAGUGCAGACACACCGAGAGAGAGAGAGAGAGAGAUUGAGGAUACACACACACACGCACACAGGAAAGAGAAGACGGGGGGAGACUGAAGAAUAGAGGAAGUAACAUUAAAGAGAGAGAGAGAGAAGUCAAGAGAAUCAGACAGAGACGCGAUCAGAAAGACCAGGGAGGUCUGUGAAUCCCAGUCACCAUCACCACUGAGGUCAACAUGAGCAACGCACGAGUGACACACAGCAUCUCCACCAUCUACCUGCUCCUCCUCUGCUGCCAGGUGCACCCAGGUUACACUUCAAGCGACAAUACUUAUGAAACUCCCUCACCAAACCAUACCCCAAUUCCAGAACUUCAAGACAAGGCCAAUACAAACCAAAUUGUAGUGCAGAAAAAUAUUGUUCUAUCAGAGUCUGAAAAUGUUAGUUCAAUAGUGAACAUUACUGUGGCAACAAGAGUUGUACUGUCCUGCAAUGUGAAUGAAAAAAACUUGGCCUCAACCUUUUCUUGGAAAAAAGCUGGGAAGAAUAUUGACAACAGCAUUGAAAGCUAUCAGUUUCAAUUUCAAAAUAACAGUGAUGCUGCCAGCUAUUCCUGUACCUACUCUAGCGACAGCAAAACGAUGGUCGGAACAUUUGUAGUUCAAAUUCCUCCCAUAUCUGUCAAAGAUGAAAAGGUAUCUCGUUCAACCGGUGAUCUGGCUAAUCUGACCUGCGAAAGUGAGGUUCUUCCCCUUAACUGGGCCUGGUCAAAGGACAUCAAUGGCAGCAAGGUGGACCUGAGUAAUGAUACAGAUGGCCAGUAUUCCAUUCAGAUCCACGGCAACAAAUCAUCCCUCUUGAUAAAGAACCUGGUUGCUAAUGACAGCAAUUAUUACCACUGCCAUGCUACCUAUGAAGUGGGGAUUGUGGGGAAUAAGAUCUUCCUGCGUGUUCACAAUUUUAUUGAUGCCAUCAUACCUUUCGUAUUUAUUGUCGGGGAGGUGCUCAUUCUAGUUGCUAUCAUUCUGGUUUGUGAGUGGAAGACAAAACCAAAAGGAGAUUCUGCGGUGAAUGGCACAGAGACUGAAAAGUUUCAUGAGAAAGUGAGUACACAGGAGGCACUGGAUUCCAAUGAAAAUGGAACCCGGCACCGGAAAAGUGAAGCCCAAUAGAAAUCCUUUUGAAGCGCCUUUCUUCUGCCGUGUACAAAGGUGACUCACGCAAAUCUUGAAUUGCUACUAGAUGAACCAAGCAAUGAAUUGAGCAAAUGCUUCCCUGCCAUCUGCACUAGAAUUAGAUCUUCAACCAGCAGACAUCCAAUGACUUCUCGGUUGUUACUUUCAAUGCACAGAUUUUUCACACUUGAUCACUUGCACUAACCUAUUCGCAAACCAUCCAAUAUCCAGCAGAUGUGUUCCAGCAGAACGCAGGUCAGAAAUUCCACCCAGUCUUUAGGCCUGCAAGAGACCAUUUUG